CUGGGAGUGCGCGCGGGCAGAUCACAAGGCGGCGGCGGCGGUGGCGGAAGGAGGCCUGGAGACCUGCUCGCUCAGUCCUCGGCCCGCGGCCUACGCUGAAGCGUGUGCGCAUCCGACGACGGGGAACCGCAGCCUUCAUCUCUGAGGUACUGUGCUCCGCGCUGCUCCCCGGGGCUGCCCAGUCCGCUGCUGCGGCGCCUCCUUCCUUCCUCCUUCCCUCGUGCCUCUCGCUCGCCAGCGCCUUCCCUGCCAGCCUGCGUCACCGCGGCCGCCAUGGCUGAGAACGGCGAGAGCAGCGGCCCCCCGCGCCCCUCCCGCGGCCCUGCUGCGGCCCCAGGCACGGCCACUACGCCAGCCGAGCCCAAAAUCAUCAAAGUCACUGUGAAGACCCCCAAGGAGAAGGAGGAGUUCGCGGUGCCCGAGAAUAGCACGGUGCAGCAGUUUAAGGAAGCGAUUUCUAAACGCUUCAAAUCUCAGACCGACCAGCUCGUGCUGAUCUUUGCCGGAAAAAUCCUGAAAGAUCAAGAUACCUUGAUCCAGCAUGGCAUCCAUGAUGGACUGACUGUUCACCUUGUCAUCAAAAGCCAGAACCGUCCUCAGGGCCAGGCCACCACGCAGCCGUCGUCCUGCCCUAUCUCAGGAACUUGCACGAUAACGUCCACCGCCACCACGGCUGGGACGCCGGCCGCGGCGACGACCUCGGCUCCCAGGAGUAGCUCCACGCCUACCACCACGACUAGCAACCCGUUUGGGCUGGGAAGCCUAGGAGGACUUGCUAGCCUUAGCAGCCUGGGGUUGAGCUCCACCAACUUCACUGAGCUUCAGAACCAGAUGCAGCAGCAGCUCAUGGCCAGUCCUGAGAUGAUGAUCCAAAUCAUGGAAAAUCCCUUUGUUCAGAGCAUGCUUUCGAAUCCUGAUCUGAUGAGGCAGCUCAUCAUGGCCAACCCACAGAUGCAACAAUUGAUCCAGAGAAACCCAGAAAUCAGCCACCUACUGAACAACCCAGAUAUAAUGAGGCAGACUCUGGAAAUCGCCAGGAAUCCUGCCAUGAUGCAAGAGAUGAUGAGAAAUCAAGACCUGGCGCUCAGCAAUCUCGAAAGCAUCCCAGGUGGCUACAAUGCUCUGCGGCGCAUGUACACUGACAUUCAGGAACCCAUGCUGAAUGCCGCACAGGAGCAGUUUGGGGGUAACCCGUUUGCCACGGUGGGGAGCAGCUCCUCCUCAGGGGAGGGCACCCAGCCUUCCCGCACAGAAAACCGGGAUCCGCUGCCCAAUCCUUGGGCACCACCGCCAGCUACCCAGAGCUCUGUGACCACCACCACGACCACGAGCAGUGGCAGUGUGUCUGGCAGUAGCUCCAGUAGCGCUACCAGCGGGAACACCGUGGCUGCAGCUAACUACAUGGCCAGCAUCUUCAGCACCCCAGGAAUGCAGGGCCUGCUGCAGCAGAUAACUGAGAAUCCCCAGCUGAUCCAGAAUAUGCUGUCUGCACCCUACAUGAGAAGCAUGAUGCAGUCGCUGACCCAGAAUCCAGAUUUGGCUACCCAGAUGAUGCUCAGUAGCCCACUGUUUACUGCCAAUCCUCAGCUACAGGAGCAGAUGCGUCCACAGCUCCCGACUUUCCUGCAGCAGAUGCAGAAUCCAGACACCAUCGCAGCCAUGUCAAACCCGAGAGCAAUGCAAGCACUGCUGCAGAUCCAGCAGGGGCUACAGACACUAGCCACCGAAGCACCUGGCCUCAUUCCAAGCUUCGCUCCAGGUAUGGGGGUGGGAGUGCUGGGAACCGCCUUAACCCCUGUAGGCCCAGUCACUCCCAUAGGGCCCAUUGGCCCUAUAGUGCCAUUCACCCCCAUAGGCCCCAUUGGGCCUAUAGGACCCACUGUCCCAGUGAGCUCGCCUGGCUCCACCGGCACUGGGGUCCCCCCUGCAACCACUGUGUCCAGCUCUGCACCUACUGAAACCAUAAGUCCGACGACAGAUUCUGGACCCAACCAGCAGUUCAUUCAGCAAAUGGUGCAGGCUCUGGCGGGAGCAAAUCCUCCCCAGCUGCCGAAUCCAGAAGUCAGAUUUCAGCAGCAACUGGAACAGCUCAACGCCAUGGGGUUCUUAAAUCGUGAAGCAAACUUGCAGGCCCUAAUAGCAACAGGAGGCGACAUCAAUGCGGCCAUUGAGAGGCUGCUGGGCUCUCAGCCAUCGUAAUUACAUUUCUGUACCUUGAAAAAAAUGUAUCUUAUUUUUGAUAAUGGCUCUUAAAUCUUUAAACACACACAAAAAUCGUGCUUUACUUUUAUUUUGAUUCGUUUAAAUCUGUCUACUUAUAAGUCUAAUAGGAUGCAUUUUAAGGUGGAGUCCCUCCCUUCCUGCUCCUCCUCCUCCCCGCCACCCUCCCACCCACCCACU